CAGCCCUCGUCUCGGCUCUGUCUACGUUGAGACGGAGCAACUUCUCCGGAACACAACAGUCCUCCAGUCUCGCAGCGCAGCGACCCUCCUCUCUCCUCGCUCCUUGUGGGUAUGACGCCGAACGGAGACGGGAGCUUGGAAACGAGCGCAUGAACACCGAAACCCGGUCGCCACAGAGUGAGACAGGCGGCUUUGACAAAGGCCUCUGGAUGCGGUGUGCCGCAAUUCAGUCGAAAGGGGAUGAGAAGAUGCCUGAGGACUGGAGGAAAACUGUGCUUGUGCCCACCCUUAAGAAUAAGGGUGAUGUGGAGAGCUGUGGGAACUAUAGAGAAAUAAAGUUGAUAUGCCACACAACGAAGGAUUUAUGGGAAAGAGUAGUGGAGGCUCAACUCAGGACUGAAAGGGGGCAAGCUAAUUGUUAGGAUGAAGGAGGAGAGUUUGUACCACCGUAGGUUUUCUUUGUGUCCAAAUGCCACUUCCCCACCCAAAAUUGACCCCCGCACCCUCACCAGAAACCUGUCUUAUGGAGGAGACAAUGACCUCUACAACCUCAGCUCAGGCAGUGAGACAGACAGGCACGAUAUCUCCAUGAUGACUAAUGAACUUAGUCCUGCCCAAUCACCAGGCAGCAAGUCUGAGUCUAGGAUGUUUAAUGGUCUGGAGAAGGACUGUCCCUCCCCGACAGAAAAACUUGCUCGAAAGGCGUCUCUUAAGGUCCAAAAGCAGAAUUACCGGCAAGAAAAGAAGCGGGCUGCCAAAGAACUGUUUAGCGCGCUAAAGGACCCUAGUGUUGUCAUCAUGUCCAACUGGCUAAAGAUCCGUGGCUCUUUAAAGAGUUGGACCAAGCUGUGGUGUGCCUUGAAGCCUGGUGUUCUAUUGAUCUAUAAGACCCCUAAAACUGACCACUGGGUUGGUACCGUCCUGCUGAGUGCCUGCAAGCUCAUUGAGAGGCCCUCUAAGAAGGAUGGCUUCUGCUUCAAGCUUUACCAUCCACUGGACAAGUCCAUUUGGGCUGUCAAGGGUCCCAAAGGAGAGACUGUUGGCUCCAUCACACAGCCUUUACCAAGUAACUACCUGAUCUUCAGAGCGUCCUCCGAGUCUGAUGGCCGAUGCUGGAUGGAUGCGCUCGAGCUUGCUCUGAGUUGCUCCAGCCUCUACAAGCUAACAGCCAAGUCAGGAAAAGACGGGGACAUCAACACAACUUCUGAGUCUUCCCACUUCCUCCAUCUUCUGCAGUCUUCCACACUAGCAGACACGGAGCUUUUGCAGUUGAAUGAGUCAGUGUUGAUGGGCAAUCACCACAUGGACCAGGACAGAUUUUCCGACAAAUCGGAGCGCGAUGGUCAUGAUGACUGGGACACCUCUGCAAUUGAUCAUGGAGGAAGGUUGACAGAGGAGAGUGAUGUGGACCAAUCAGAUGAGGCGAUGUCUCCCACGCCACAAGGGACAGUUUAUGUAGAUCAGGGCACAGAAGAGAUGGCUGAGGCUGGGGAGGCGUCACAAGUGGAGACCGUGUCAGAGGAAAACAAGGGUCUAAUCUGGGGUAUUUUGAAGCAGCUACGACCGGGCAUGGACCUGUCAAAGGUGGUGCUGCCCACAUUCAUUCUGGAGCCUCGCUCCUUCCUGGACAAGCUAUCCGACUACUACUAUCAUGCUGAUCUGCUCUCACAAGCUGCACAGGAGGACAGCGCAUAUGACCGGAUGAAGCAGGUAGUCAGAUGGUACUUGUCUGGCUUUUACAAGAAGCCCAAGGGUCUAAAGAAGCCUUACAACCCAAUAUUGGGGGAAACCUUCCGCUGCUGCUGGCUUCAUCCCGAAAGUGAAAGCUGCACUUUCUACAUAGCUGAACAGAUUUCGCACCAUCCACCCAUUUCUGCCUUUUAUGUCUGCAAUAGGAAGGACGGUUUUUCCAUCAGUGGAAGCAUCCUGGCAAAGUCCAAAUUCUACGGCAACUCUCUGUCUGCUAUUCUGGAGGGCAAAGCGAGGCUGCUCUUUCUGAGCAGGGAGGAGGAGUAUGUCAUCACCAUGCCCUACGCUCAUUGCAAAGGUAUUCUGUAUGGCACUAUGACACUCGAGCUGGGUGGAAAGAUUACCAUUGAAUGUGAAAAAACUAAAUGCUUCACUGAGCUGGAGUUCAAGCUAAAGCCUUUCUUGGGAGGCCCCUGCUCUGUGAAUCAGAUCAGCGGCAAAAUCUUUGUGGGAGAUGAGCUUGCUGCCACUGUUUAUGGACACUGGGACAGUGAGGUUUUUAUUCAUGAGAAGCGCAGUGGACAGCAGGCAACAUUGUGGAACCCAAGCCCCGAUGUCCGGAGCAGUCGUCUCAAGAGACGAGUGGUCCACUUUGACCAGCAGGGGGAGUUUGAGUCUGAAAGGCUGUGGCAGCAUGUGACCAGAGCCAUCCUAGAGCGUGACCAGGUGCAGGCCACACAGGAGAAGUUUGUGCUGGAAGAAGCUCAGCGCAAAGAGUCCAGGGAGAGGGGAGAAAAAACCUGGACCCCGCGACUUUUCUACCAGGACCCAGUGACCACAGAGUGGACCUACAAGCAUGUGGAAGCCCAGCCGUGGGAGCCAGAGCUUUGUCUAGUUCAGUUUGAGAGGAAUGGAGUCAUUCAAACGCUGGAGAAAACACAAAGGCAGCACAAUGGACUCUCGAACAGCGACAGCUGGCCCAGCCAACGCAAUGUUAAGGUGCAUGGGACACGCAGGAAAGCCAGCAGUCAGCCAUCCAGCUGCAGCCAGAACACCGAGAGCAGCAGCAGCACUCCGGAACCGACACGCGAGUCCUCUGAUAACGAAGAAUUCUCAAACCACUGUGCACGGUGCAGCAAGGACAUGGCCCUCCUCCAGACGUCCAUCACCUCCAUACAGAAGACUCAGCAAGACAUUCAGAGGAACCUGUCGGCUCUGAGUCGUCAGCUUACUCAGCAGAGGGCAGCAGACGACAGUAUGUCACGGACGGGCCGUCACUGUGCGAUCGUCUGUUUGGUGCUCCUCUCACAUCUCCUCCUCCGCUACAUCUUCGCUUGAGAACCUCGGAAGGUUCUCUGUCCAGCACUGAUCUGACAUUUGAGCCCUCUCACAAGCACAAACUAAUCAGCCGGGGGGGCUUUGAACUCAGAUGAGUGUUGGGUGAGGUAUUUAGUCCCAUUCUCUUUCUUAUAGGGAGUGGCUUAGCAUGAACAUUAUAGCAAUAAACACAGCCAAUGCCUGUCAUCUACAAAAUAAUAGAAAUGACUCCCCCUAGUGUAGCCAGACUGAAAGAGCACCGGCACCCACGCACUUUGGACACGAGACGAGAGGAGGGAUGACAGGAAUAACAAGAGGGUCUUUCAACAAAAAAAACAAAAAACAAAACAAAAAAAGCAGAAUUGGACAAUGAAAAAUGAUUUGUAAGAAGAUUAACAGAGAGGAUGGUUCAUGUGUCUGUUUCUACUUGCCCUGCAAUACUGUCUACCUGUGAGCGUGUCUGUGUGUUGUUUUUAUGUACUGCAGGCCCUAUGCGCGUUGGUAGAUCACUGCGCCAAUGUCUCCUCCACCUUCCACUCCAGAUUUUGGGCCUUAACCGCUGAUGCCAAAAAAAAAAAAAAAAAAAACAUAAGAUGAAAAACAUGUCACAUACAAACGAAAGAAGGAACAUCUUUCAACAGUGCAAUUCUGUGUUUUAUAUUUACUGUAUUCACACAUCCACCGUCUCGUCUUUUAAUGAGAAUUUUACCAAAACAGUAUUUAUAAUCCGAAAGGACAAAGAGUUCUUGUUUACAGGGAGCACUGUGUUGCGUGUGUGUGUGUGUGUGUGUGUGUGUGUGUGUGUUUCUAGUGACACAUACUGUAGGAAGGAAGGCUAAUGUAGGUCAAGAGUGAGAGCCAUACAAAGUGUCUUUAUAUUUGUGUGCCUGCUGUGGCAUAAUGGAAGUGACAAUUGUGUAGCACUGUUUUUGGUUCGCUUGAAAGAAGCAUGUGGAGAUAGCAUUAAACUGUAACUUCAAAUUGCUUUGGCCAACGGAAUCAUUUGUGCUUAUGCCUCCUAGGUAACAUACUGAGAGGCGUCUAGUUUGAUAUUUUGUUUUUAAUAGACGUGUUUGACCAAGUUACCAUUUGACUCACCCUGAAAAACUAUCUACAAAUGUACUUUAACACUCAUAACCCAUAAUUAGCACCAACAUUUGUAUGAUUUGAUCCAUUUAGUCUGAUAACUAGCUAUCUGUAACAGAUUGGUAUAGCGCCAUGUUAACACACAACUGUAAAUAACUUGAUACGGCCAAUUAGAUUGACAGUUAAUGUCAAGUUUAUAAUGAUGGGAUUUGAAAUGAAGUUAUUUUCUCCCAAUCCCCCCUUUCUGGCCCUUGGGGAGACGACAGGUUAAAGACACUGAGCUUGGUGUUCAUCUUGGUCCACAUGUUCUAGUGACUUUGAAAAUGUAAACACUUAAUGAUGAUUUGUUAUUUCUGUUCUUGUAGAAGAUAUGUACAUAUUUGUCUGCAGUGCUUUUACACUCUGUUAAAAAGAGAUUUCAGAAUGUAUUUAUUUUGUGGUUUACCCCCCUUGGCGACUCAAGUAAUCUUGGAGUAUAGAGGUUAGAGAGACCAGGGACGACAAUCGUGCUCCCAGAGUUGCGUGCUGUCCUCUCGUGUAUGUUUUGUGGGUGUGAGAAAGCCAUUUGAGUUAUGCUAAAAGCAAAGCCAUGUCUGUGACCUUGCCUUUUUUUUUUUUUUUUUUGGGAAUUAAGUAUCUUUACAGUCCAGUGCCCAUUUUGUAACAUUUCAGUCCAGUGCCAGUACUGAUCUAUCCAACGGGAGCAAAUGUUUGCGAUGAAAGUCGACGCUGAAUGCCUCUGUGUGCUUUUUCAUUUCUUUUUUGUAUUAUUUUCCUGUUUUUAUACUCAAUCACCAUUUUCUGGGAUUGUAUAUGCCAUUUACUUUUGUUAUAUUGAACAAAAACUUUGGAACACAAUGACGCCCAAUUUUUUCCAUUCACACUUGUUGCACACUGUAGCACUACAGUAAAAACUUUUAACCCUGA